UCACAGGAGACAGACCUGUUGGAAAUCAGCCUCGUCAAAGAUGCCAGGACUGGAAAAUACGCAAGAAAUCCCAAGGACACAAAGCUCCGGGAAUUGUUGGACGUGGGGAAUCAAGGAAGCCGCCUGGAGAACAGGAUGGUGACGGUGGUCUAUGGACCCGACUUGGUCAACAUCUCCUAUCUCAACUUCAUGGCCUUCCAAGAAGAUGUAGCUAAGGAAUGGACUAAUGCCCUCUUCAACUUGGCAACCAACCUGAUGGCCCAGAACAGAUCGAGGGACACCUUAUUACACAAAUCGUACACCAAGCUGAAACUUCAAACCAACCAAGAAGGCCGGAUUCCUGUCAAAAACAUCUUCCGUUUGUUUUCUGCCGAUCGGAAGCGGGUGGAGACUGCAUUAGAUGCUUGUGGGCUUCCUUCAGGCAGGAAUGACUCCAUUCCACAAGAAAAUUUCACACCUGAUGUAUUCCAAGCGUUCUUGAACAACAUUUGCCCACGUCCUGAAAUUGAUGGCAUCUUUUCCGAAUACGAAAGGAAGAGCGGGCCUUACCUGACCGUGGACCAGAUGACCGACUUCAUCAACUCGAAGCAGAGGGAUCCGCGUUUGAACGAGAUCCUGUAUCCGCCCAUGAAACAAGACCAAGUCCAGCUGCUCAUUGAGAAGUACGAGCCAAACGAGGACCUAGCAAAGAAAGGUCACAUUUCAAUCGACGGCUUCAAGAGAUAUUUGAGUGGAGAUGAGAAUGGAGUCAUUCCUCUUGAGAAGUUGGACCUGAGUGAAGAUAUGACUCAACCCAUGUCCCACUAUUUCAUCAACUCCUCACAUAACACCUACCUCACAGCCGGACAGCUGGCCGGAUACUCUUCCGUAGAAAUUUAUCGCCAGGUAUUGUUGGCGGGAUGUCGGUGCGUGGAGCUGGACUGUUGGAAGGGGCGUUCGACCGAGGAGGAACCUGUCAUCACCCAUGGCUUCACAAUGACGACGGAAAUCUGCUUCAAGGAAGUAAUUGAGGCUAUCAAUGAAUGUGCCUUCAAGACAUCUCCUUACCCGGUGAUUCUUUCCUUCGAAAACCACGUUGACUCUCCUAAACAGCAGGCUAAGAUGGCGGAGUACUGCAGGUCGAUAUUCGGCGAUGCGUUGCUGAUAGAAGACCUGGAAAAAUACCCGCUGGAGACGGGCGUUCCCCUCCCGAGCCCACACGAGAUGAUGGGAAAGAUUCUUAUUAAGAACAAGAAGAAAGGGCACAAGUCGUCUGAUGGCAGUGCCAAGAAGAAGCUGUCGGAGCAAGCCUCCAACACGUACAGCGACUCGUCCAGCGUCUUUGAACCCUCCUCUCCGGGAGCCGCCUCAUCCAACCACGAGGAGACGGACGUGGCUCAGCAAACCGGAGCGGAUGGGGUGGAAAAAACCGUGGAAAAGUCAGGGAAGGAGAUCGCGGAGCAGAAAGUCAUCGGCAGAAAGUCAAUAGGAGAAGGGGACGCGGAGAGCGAAGACGAUGAUGAUGAUGAUGAAGAGGAUUCAAAAAAAUCUUCAAUGGAUGAGGGAACGGCAGGAUGUGAAGCCAACGCCACAGAGGAAAUGUCCAAUCUGGUCAACUACAUUCAACCCGUGAAGUUUGAAUCAUUCGAGGUGGCUAAGAAGAAUAAUAAGAGUUUCGAGAUGUCAUCAUUCGUGGAGACGAAGGCUCUGGAACAGUUGACAAAAUGUCCGGUGGAGUUUGUGGAAUAUAACAAGCGACAACUCAGCCGUAUCUAUCCCAAGGGGACGCGGGUGGAUUCCUCCAACUACAUGCCUCAGGUAUUCUGGAAUGCCGGAUGUCACCUGGUGGCCCUGAACUUCCAGACGUUAGACCUGGCCAUGCAGCUGAACAUGGGGAUGUUCGAACACAACGGGAAGAGCGGCUUCCGCCUGAAGCCAGAGUUCAUGAGACGAACGGACAAACACUUUGACCCUUUCACCGAGAGCACAGUUGACGGCAUCGUGGCCAACACCCUCUCAGUGAAGGUUAUCUCUGGUCAGUUUCUUUCUGAUAAGAAGGUUGGGACGUACGUGGAGAUCGACAUGUUUGGUCUACCGGUGGACACAAGACGGAAGGCCUUCAAAACGAAAACUUUGCAGAACGCGGUGAAUCCUGUCUGGGAGGAUGAGCCCAUUGUGUUUAGGAAGGUCGUGCUGCCAUCAUUGUCUUCCUUGAGGAUCUCUGUCUAUGAAGAAGGAGGUAGAUUCAUUGGCCACAGAAUAAUGCCCGUGCAAGCCAUCCGUCCAGGUUAUCGCUACAUCUGCCUGAGGAAUGAGCGGAACCAGCCGUUGAUGCUCCCUGCAAUCUUCGUCUACAUCGAGGUUAAGGAUUAUGUCCCCGACACCUUCGCAGAUGUGAUUGAGGCCCUGUCUAACCCAAUUCGAUACGUGAAUCUGAUGGAGCAGAGAGCGCAGCAGCUCGUGGCUCUGACACUGGAGGACGAGGAAGAAGAAAAGAAAGACACGGAAUCGGGUGAUGUCCCCUCGGAGCCCAACGCCGAUCCGAAGCCAUCUCCCGCAGAGAACGGAGUGAGCCCCACCCCCGGACUGACGCCCAAACCGCCCACGCACGUUACCCAAAGUCAACCCGCCCCAGCUGCAGUCAAACCAACCGGGAAAGCUGAGGAUCUGGUUCAGAACAUUCUGUCGGAGGUGGAGGCCCAGACGGUGGAGGAGCUGAGGCAACAGAAAGCCUUUGUGAAACUGCAGAAGAAGCACUACAAGGAGAUGAAGGAGCUGGUGAAGAAGCACCACAAGAAAACCACCGACUUGAUCAAGGAGCACACGGCCAAGUCCAGCGAGUUUCAGAACGACUACCUGAGGCGCAGAGUAGUCCUGGAGAAAUCGGCAAAGAAAGACGGCAAGAAGAGACCUGAAUCGGCAAGUCCAGAUCACACCGGCUCAACGAUUGAGAAAGAACUUGCCGCCCUCGAUGCAGACAUGACACAGAAACUAGCCGAGCUGAAGGACCAGCAACAGCAGCAGCUUCUGAACCUCAGGCAGGAGCAGUAUUACAGUGAAAAGUACCAGAAGCGGGAACAUGUUAAACAGCUGGUGCAAAAGCUCACCGAAGUGGCCGAGGAAUGUCAGACCAACCAGCUGAAGAAGCUGAAAGAACUCUGUGAAAAGGAGAAGAAGGAACUGAAGAAGAAAAUGGACAAAAAGCGUCAGGAGAAGAUCGGCGAGGUGAAAUCGAAGGAGAAGAACCAAAUGGAAGAGGAAAAGACAGAGAUUAUAAGAUCUUACAUCCAUGAAGUGGUGCAGUCUAUCAAAAGGCUGGAGGAUGGCCAAUCGAAGAGACAAGACAAACUGGUGGACAAGCAUAAGGAAGUGCGCCUGCAAAUCUUGGAUGAGAAGCCAAAGCUACAGAGCGACCUCGAUCAGGAAUACCAGGAUAAAUUUAAGAGGCUGCCACUGGAAAUCCAAGAGUUUGUCCAGGACACGUUGAAAGGCAAGUUCAGUGAAGAUGUCGAUCACGUUGCCUCCCCGCCCACCCAGCCACCGGACGAAGGAAAACCCAACCACAAGUCGCCGAGCGAAGACAAAGUGGAAGACAGCAAGUCGGAUCAAGUGUUCGACACUUCCCUUUAGUCAUCAGGUCCCAUCCCCCCCCCCCCCCCGUCUUAAAACCCCGUUAACCCCCUGCGUUUUUUUUUCUGUUCGUUUAAGCAUCGCCGCACGCAGGUUUGCGGACGGGAGAAUAACCACUCGGUCGCACGCUUGCGCCGUGACCGAUCUCUUCACAAACGAAGCCAGUCGCCGGGAUCUUAACUUGCGCGCGUGUGUUUCGUCCGAGUGCCAGUGGGAAACUUAACUGUGCAGUGCUACACGUUUCAGUAAACUUUAAAAAAAAUAAAACCUCCAUCGGGAAGGAACUCGAGAUUUUACGGGAUGUAAAAUGGCAAAAAAUGAAAAUAAAAGGAUAGAUAAAUUUGGCGGCCACGCCUUCAUAACAUUGCAUGUUUUCACUGGUGGGAGAUCCUUUGCUUUGAGCUGCAGGCUCAGGCUAGCCCUGGCCCAUGCAUUGUGUGCGAGCGAGCGAGCAGGCGAGUUCACCGACCACAGUACUGGUGCAGCAUCGCAUACUUUUGACUUCGGUUCCCGCUGGAGUAUAAAGGGCCUGUCCCACUUGCCGACUAUUUUCGGCGACUGCCGGCGUCAUAUCAGUGUCGCCAAAAAAUUUUGGAACAUUUCGAAAUCCGGCGGAGA